GAUGUGAGUUGUGAUUUGAGUCCUGUCUCUGCCUACGCCUACUUAUUGGGUGGAGCUGGGGUAGAGCCAAUAAUUUAGAGAAGAAGAAGAAUAAUGUUAAUUAAAAAAAAUAAUUUCAACUAUUAUGUGUAAAGUGGUGCGUAGUGCUUUGCAUUAGUAUUUGUUUUGAAUGAAAAAGGGUCGAUUGCCCUGUAGGAAAGUUUUAAUUAUAAACAAAUAAAAAGGAAUACUGUGCAUUCAUUUACCGAUAAAUUUAUAAUUCUCAUAGCUGCCCACAACAUAGUUGAAACAACAUGGCAGAAUCAAGUAAAGAAAAUUCAAAUCAAUUAGACAUAAAUGAUAGUAAUUUUAAUUCUGACGUGUAUUUAGAAUGCAUUAUGAGAUGUGCCACUCUUAGGCAAAUGUUGGAUAAAGAAGCAGAGGUCAUUAAUCAAAGCCAGUUCUUGCAGUCUGAAAUGCAGACAUUAGUUUAUGAGAACUACAACAAAUUCAUAUCAGCCACAGAAACUGUGCGUAAAAUGCGCACAGAUUUUCAAAUCAUGCAGGAAGAAAUGGAUAAACUAAGAGAAAACAUUAAUAGAAUAACAAGUUUCAGUUCUAAGAUUUCAACAUCUCUAAGUGAUAGUGGAAAUAAUGUUAAUAGGCUAUGCAGUACUCGACAACUGUUGGAUAAGUUACAGUUCUUGUUUUUAUUGCCCACACAGUUGAACAAAGCGAUACAAGAAGGUAGAUAUGCAGAUGCUGUCCAUGAUUACACACAUGCACAGAAAGUGUUACAGAAGUAUGGUAAUCAACCAUCUUUUAAAAGUAUUCAAACUGAAUGUUCAGAAAUUAUUUAUGACUUAAAGAAAACCUUGAGAGAGAGAUUGCUAACUCCGGAUACAUCUGCAUCUGAAUUGGCAGAAAGUGUUGGCCUUUUAAGGCAGCUACAAGAAUCAGACUCCUCAUUGAAAGAUAUAUUCUUAAAUUGUGCCGAAAGUAGAUUGGAACAACAUUUAAAAGUACUUGCCUCCAUGGUUGAAAUAACAGAUAUAUUGGAAUGGGUUGAAAAGUGUAAUAACACAUUGCUAGCCGAUCUAGGUAUUGUUAUAUCUUGUUAUCAUGAAAUGUUUGAAACUGAUAAUGAUUGUUUGCCAGAUUUUGCUGACAAAGUAAUGACUCAAGUGUUUUGCCUCUUUGAAGAUGUUAUAAAGAGACCAGAGAAUAUUGGAACUGAAAUCCUAAUAAGAGGUCUUGAUAAGUUCUUUAGAAAAUUGCAAGCAAUGUCAGAAAUAAUAUCUAGUGAUGGAGUAUCUAAUAAAGCAUUAGAAGUUGUUGUUCAAUGUAUUAACCAUAAAGCUACAAUGCAAUAUCAAACAAUUCAUGUACAAUUUAAAGAAAAUUUAAUGAGAGUAAGGCAAUCUUUAGCAAGCAAAGGUACAGAAAAUGUUGAUCUCAAAGAUAUACUCAAUUCUUUACAAGUAUAUCUAAUGCAGAAAGUGCAAGCGUCACUCCUAGAUUUGAUGGCAUUUUUACAGAACAAUUUAUCUUUUGGCUUAAAGCCUUGGUGUGCUAAGGCAGUUGCAGAUAGCUGUUGGAAUGUUAUAUCAGAAACCCUCAUAAAUCUGUCAGAUAUGGUAAAGAAAAUGUCUUUCUUACAGUCAUCAAACAACAUUCCCUUUGAACUUUUCCUCAUUCUAGCCAAGUUAUGUUUGGAAAUGCAAGAAAGUGGUGUUACAAUUCUACAAAACCAUUUAGUUAAAUUAUUAGAGGAAGCUGCACCUGGUUUGAGUGUAGAGAAAAAGGAAACAAAUAAUGUUAUGGUCAAUUUGUCCACUGCUGCUCAAUCUGCCUUAGAUUCUGAAGUGGUAUUUAUUGGACAGACUGCGGCGCAAAUGUUGCGAGUGUCCGUGUUGGCUCGAGAUUGGUUAAGAGCACCAGAGCCUCGUGGGCCGCGAGCGGUGUGCCGGCGAGUGGUGGAAACUCUUGCCAGUGCGGAUAGUGCCGCGUCACAACUAUUUCCUUCCAGUAUUAAACCAUCGAGCGAUUCCAGCCGUCGUACUAUAUGGUCACGUGCUCCCUCUUCAUUCUCGCCAAUUAACCGGCUGUUUUCCGAAAGAAUCGAAGUUUUUAGUCCAGCUGGCGCGGACAGAGCUGCUCUGUCCAAUGGUGCAUUGAAAGUAGCUCUAAAAGCAUUAGUGGAAUGCGUACGCUUACGUACUUUUAGUAGACAUGGUUUGCAGCAGUUACAAGUUGACGUUCAUUUUCUACAACAAAGAUUAUCCUGUAUGGGUAAUGAUGAAAGGUUACUGAAUGCUUUAUUGGAAGAUGCGCUGUCCUCCGCUCAGCUGCGAUGUGUAGAUCCUCAAUUAAUGGAACCUAGUAUUGUAGAUAUUAUUUGUGAACGUGGCUAAGCUUUACGUUAGUUUAAUAAAUAAUAAAUGAAAUUGUUUGUUUUACGAAUGCAAAUUAAAUGUACCUAGGUAUAUUGAAUAUUCAUACAGUAAUUGAUGCCAGCAUGUCUGGUUGGUACGGCGCUGCGCUGGGUCAGAACUAGAUCAAUGUCACUCAUUUCAAGUCAGUUUACCAUACAGUAUUCAGCUCUGAAUCGGAUUAGACCGGCCGCUUAUAUUCUCGAAUAGCAGAACGAAGUAGAAAUGACUAUUGGAUGCGUGUAAACGACGCGAUCCAGAGCCCAUGCCCCAUGCACGGGAAUUCAGUAAUGCUGGAACCAUGUCUUGAUGAUUUAUAACGAACUAGCGGUCCGCCCCGGCUUCGCCCGUGGUACAUAUUUCGCAAUAAAAAGUAGCCUAUGUCCUUUCUCGCGUAUCAAAAUAUCUCCAUACCAAAUUUCAUGCAAAUUGGUUCAGUAGUUUAGGCGUGAUUGAGUAACAGAUAGACUUUUUCAGUCCUUUGGCAUUUAUAAUAUGUAUGAUAAUGUCACGAAACAUGGACCCUAGAAAAUAGAUAGUAUAGAACUAAGGUAUAGAAUAAGAACCUAUAGAAAUAAGUAUAUAUCUGUUAAAUGUAAGCAUUCAGCUCAAUUCGGAAUUCAUAAAUGUUAAAGAUUGUGUUUGAAAAAAAUAAAUACAGGAAAGAAACUGUGGUCAUAAUCUAGUGCAUAUUAAUUUCCAAAAAUUUAGACGGACAGAUAGAGACCUUAGACCUGUAAAAGACAUUUUUUUGAUUACUUAGAUUAUUAAAUAUGUACUGUAUGUUGAUAAUAUUAUGUAUUAUUUAUAGUAAAAAAAAUAUCUUAAAUAUAGGUAAAUGUUAU